AAUAAAAAUGAGAUUAUCUUACGGUAAACUACUUGAGGGGCGUUUGUGAAAACGAGCCAAGUCAACGGCAGCGCUCAAAUAUGCUUGGCGAAAUAGAGGCAGUUGUGCUCGAUAUUGAGGGUACUGUGAUAUCGAUAAGCUUCGUCAAGGAUGUGCUGUUCCCGUUUGCACGGAAGAAUAUCCGGGCCUACCUGGAGUCCCAUUGGGAAGAGCCCGAGCUAAGGACAAUUGUCGAUCAACUCCACACACAGGCAAUCGGGGAUGUGAAGUAUCAUGGCUCGGUGCCCCCCAUCGAUGAUCCAGCCGAGGCACCCAAGGAGGCACUCAUUGCUCAGCUGGAGGCCAAUUUGCUGUGGCAGAUGGAUGCUGACCGCAAGGCAGCGCCCCUUAAGGCAUUGCAGGGUCUCGUCUGGAAGGAAGGCUAUGCCAGUGGACAGCUGCGUGCACCACUAUAUCCAGAUGUGGUGCCGAUGCUGACUGCCUGGAAGUCACGCCGCCUGAAACUCGCCAUCUACUCGUCAGGCAGCGUGCAGGCUCAGCAGCUGCUGUUCAGCCACACCACUGAAGGCGAUGUCACCACGCUGCUAGAUGGCUACUUUGACAUUAACACAGCCGGUGUGAAGACUGAUGCCAGGAGCUACGAGGUUAUCAGCGAGGCUAUCAGUGUGGAUCCCAGCAAAAUCCUCUUCCUCACUGACAUAGUCGCAGAGGCUCAAGCUGCAUGCAAAGCUGGCUUUCAAGUGCGGCUUGUGGUGCGUCCAGGCAACAAGCCUCUAACUGAGGACGAGAAAGCAUCCUUUGGUCACAUCAGCUCGCUGGAACAAAAUAGAGCUGUGAGACACAUGGCGUCAGUGCUAGUCCCGACUGUUUGAUUACAGCAUUCGUGCCUUCAUCAUUCCUUAGAAUGCGUACUUCUUCAAUACCACAAAUAUUAUACGAAAAGGCACAAAAUAAAUGCCUAACUUCCCGCAUCUUCACAUCAUGGAUUUUUGG